CAUUCGUUCGAAGCACUCGGUUUAGUACGGACUGAUACUAAUUCACUGGCAUUUUCAUUUUUCGAUAUUUACAUAUCUUAGAAGAAUUUGUAACAUUUUCAAAAAACUGUUCUCGUACAAAUCGAAAUCAAGCGGCGUGUACUAAUAUUUCCUCGUUAGAAACACAAACUCGGUUCGCUGCGGGCAGAAAGUACACAUCCAAAAAAACUUGUAUCAAAUUUUCAAGAUUCGUAUUGAAUUGUCCGAAAAUCAAUAUUCCAAACGCCGAGAUGACCACUUUGCAAAGAGCAUCCGUGAUAUGCUCCUGCGUUAUUCGCAAGUGGGUGAAUGAAUCGCUGAAGACGAACAUCCAGCUCAUCGAGGAAUUGGCAUCCGGAGCCGUCUACUGUCAGUUUAUCGACAUGGUCUUCGAGGGAGUGAUGCCACUUGAGAAGGUCGUCUUCGCGACUAACCGAUUGGUCGAUUUUAGGAGGAACUUUAAAAUACUAAGGAAAUGUCUUGAUGAACUACAAAUUCCGCUGAUGGUGCCCAUCGAAAAACUCAUUAAGCGUGACUUCGAAGCCAAUCUAUAUUUCGCCGCAUGCUUUUACAGUGUAUUCAAGGAUUUGAUAGCCAUCCGCCAGGAACGGGUGGAGAACUACAACCCACUGGCCGCCCGUAAAUACCAAAAGUUCUCCAUGGAACCACCCACCUAUGUCUCCCAAGGAACUGAUGUCCAGAAUCCCGAUGAGCUUGAUCCCCUCGUAAGGAAUAUCGGGGUGCAAGUGUAUAUGUAUAAGCAGAAGAAUGUGGAAACCAAACCCCUGAAGACUGACGUCUAAAUCUAGGAGAACCAAUGAACUUUAUUUAAUUUCUGCCCCUUUCCAAAUCCUUUCGGGAGCUCUUGCGUUCUUCUACACUCAUUGGUGCCGGUCGAUUUCGGCUAACAAGCAGUAAAUGGGUCCGAAUUUGUUGAGUCUAUUUAUACUAAGUAGCUUAUAUUCAAAAUAACAUUGAAUCUCACGGUCUAUCAAUAAAUUUCUUCAGUUGAUGAUACCGAUAAUA